CCUCCGAGUCAGGGGAAGUUAGCAGCACUCUUCUUCUUUCGUAGCUGAGCUGGGUGACUGUUUUGGGCUUUUGAUCCUCCACUGCCUUUCACCAUGGCCACCAGCGUCAGGCAGUACUCCUCAUCCACAUCCCUCAAGAGCGUAGGGGGCUUAGGUGGAUUAGGAGGUGGCUCCUCACGGGUUUCCUCCGUGCAUCUUGGUGGUCCAUACAGAGCCCCAAGUCUCCACGGGGGAUCUGGUGGCUAUUCUGUCUCCUCUUCUAAGUAUGUCUCUGGGGUAGGAAGCAGCAUGGGUGGUGGCUAUGGUGGGAGCUACUGCAGUGGCUUUGGAGGUGGCUAUGGGGGUGGCCUUGCUGGUGGCCUGGGCAGUGGCAUGGGCAGCGGCCUUGGAGGUGGCUUUGUGUGCGGCUUUGGUGGUGGUGAUGGCAUCCUCCCUGCGGGUGAAAAGGAAACGAUGCAGAACCUGAACGACCGCCUGGCUACCUACCUGGACAAGGUGCGUGCCCUGGAGGAUGCCAAUUCCGAUCUGGAGAUUAAGAUCAAGGAGUGGUAUAAGAAGCAGGGACCCGGUCCUGACCGUGACUACAGCCCCUACUACAGGACAAUUGAAGACCUGAAGAGCAAGAUCCUUGCUGCCACUGUCGACAAUGCCAGGAUCCUCCUGCAGAUCGACAAUGCUAGGCUGACGGCCGAUGACUUCAGAACCAAGUAUGAGACGGAGCUGGCCCUGCGCAUGAGCGUGGAGGCGGACAUCAAUGGCCUGCGCAGGGUCCUGGACGAGCUGACCCUGGCCAGAGCCGACCUGGAGAUGCAGAUUGAAAACCUGAAGGAGGAGCUGGCUUACCUCAAGAAGAACCACGAGGAGGAAAUGAAUAUACUACGCAGCCAGCUGGGUGGAGAGAUCACGGUGGAGAUGGACGCGGCUCCUGGGGUGGACCUGACCAAGAUCCUGGCUGAUAUGAGAGAGCAGUAUGAGAGCUUGGCAGAGAAGAACCGGAAAGAGGCCGAGCAGUGGUUCUACACCAAGACUGAAGAGCUGAACCGGGAAGUAGCCAUGAACACGGAACAGCUGCAGAGCGGCAAGUCAGAGAUCACGGAACUCAGACGCACGAUCCAGGGUCUGGAGAUAGAGCUGCAGUCCCAGCUCAGCAUGAAAGCCGCUCUGGAAGGCACGUUGGCAGAGACAGAAGCCCGCUACGGCACCCAGUUGGCCCAGCUCCAGGCCCUGAUCACUAGCGUGGAGGAACAGCUGGCUGAGCUGCGAUGCGACAUGGAGCGCCAGAACCACGAGUACAAGAUUCUCGUGGACGUCAAGACACGCCUGGAGCAAGAGAUCGCCACAUACCGCCGCCUGCUGGAGGGCGAGGAUGCCCACAUUGCAUCCCAGUACGCCUCUGCACGAGAUGCAUCCCUGACCACCCGACAAGUCCGCACGAUCGUUGAGGAAGUCCAAGAUGGAAAAGUGAUUUCUUCCCGCGAACAGGUCCAUCAGACCGUCCGCUAAAGCUGCACACCGCGCCGUAGGCCCAGUCCUGAACAUUGCGGACCCAUUGAGAUAAAGAUUGUCACAGAAAGGAAAGAAGAGUCCACUUGAUGUGCUGUAGCUGUAGAUGUGUAGCACUGUUGCCAAGGUUGUGUAGGACUGGGCUUCGUGAGUGUGUUCCUGCCUUUUUUAUUCCGCCUCUGCCUCCCUCCCCCUUGUCUGAGUGCUCUCCUGUGCUCUGCCCAUACGUCAAAUAAAGCUUUUCUUCUCAUUCAUGCAA